CGCAUGCGCACAAGCAGCGGGCUUCUACCCUGUGUUAUUGUUAUUAAGGAUGGCGGAAUAAAUGCACACACACACACCGGACUGUACAGCGCACACAUGACUGGUUGGUUCAGUGGAGUCAGAAGCUAAAGGUGUGUGUGUGUGUGCAGCAUGUCUGUGUCGAGCAGUGACGCAUGUCUCAGCAUUGUGCACAGCCUGAUGUGCCACCGGCAGGGUGGUGAGAGUGAGAGCUUCAGUAAGAGAGCCAUUGAGAGUCUGGUGAAGAAACUGAAGGAAAAAAAAGAUGAACUGGACUCUCUGAUCACAGCUGUCACAACCAAUGGAGCUCAUCCCAGCAAGUGUGUUACUAUACAGCGCACACUCGACGGGAGACUACAGGUUGCUGGCCGUAAGGGCUUUCCCCAUGUGAUCUAUGCACGGUUAUGGCGGUGGCCUGAUCUCCAUAAGAAUGAGCUGAAACAUGUGAAAUACUGCCAGUACGCCUUUGACCUGAAGUGUGACAGUGUGUGUGUAAACCCCUACCAUUACGAGAGGGUGGCAUCACCUGGUAUUGAUCUGUCUGGAUUGAAUCUGGGUGGAACAGGGGUAGGCCCCAGUGCAGGUCCCAGUGCAGGUCUCUUGGUUAAGGAGGAAUUUGACCCUCAGCCAUCUCACUCCAACUCUGAUGGAUCACACAAUAUUCAGACCAUCCAGCAUCAGCCCGCCCCCUCUCACCCAGUCCCACCCACUUCCACACGCCCCCCACUUCCUGAGACGUUCAGCAGCCCUGCUCUUAUGCCACCACCUGAGGCAGCCAGCUCUGCCCCCAGCCCUGCGUUCUCCAGCAUGGCGCCUACACCAGCCUCAAGCGGUGGCUCAUGGCCAAGAGGGAGUGGCUUUCCAACAAACCUGGCCAACCCAAGCGGAGCUUUGCAACACCACCCGCCUCAGUACUGGCCUGUACAUAAUGAAUUGAUCUUCCAGCCCCCGAUAUCUACACAUCCAGCUCCAGAUUACUGGUGUUCUAUAGCGUAUUUUGAGAUGGAUGUUCAGGUGGGCGAGACUUUUAAGGUGCCGUCUUCAUGUCCGGUGGUGACAGUUGACGGUUAUGUGGAUCCAUCAGGAGGAGAUCGUUUCUGCCUGGGCCAGCUCAGCAACGUUCACCGCACUGAGGCUAUCGAGAGAGCCAGGUUGCACAUUGGUAAAGGGGUACAGUUGGAGUGUAAGGGUGAGGGUGAUGUUUGGGUGCGAUGCCUUAGUGACCACGCCGUGUUUGUCCAGAGUUAUUAUCUGGAUCGGGAAGCUGGGCGUGCACCAGGUGAUGCUGUCCACAAAAUUUACCCCAGUGCUUACAUCAAGGUGUUUGAUCUGAGACAGUGCCACCGGCAGAUGCAGCAGCAGGCAGCCACGGCUCAGGCAGCAGCAGCAGCUCAAGCUGCAGCAGUCGCAGGAAACAUACCAGGACCAGGAUCAGUGGGAGGGAUCGCACCAGCUAUCAGUCUGUCUGCAGCUGCAGGUAUCGGCGUGGAUGAUCUGCGGCGGUUGUGUAUUCUGCGCAUGAGUUUUGUGAAAGGUUGGGGUCCUGAUUAUCCUCGUCAGAGCAUCAAAGAAACACCAUGUUGGAUUGAGAUUCACCUCCACAGAGCACUGCAGCUGCUGGAUGAGGUUCUACACACCAUGCCUAUAGCUGAUCCUCAACCACUUGACUGAUCUUGGACCCCAAACCCAGGUCAUCUGAGUGACCUGUAACCCAGAAGAAACCCCACCACUCAACUGACCUUCAGUCCCCUGGUUGACCUCAGUUGGCUGUCCUCAUUGCUGAAUGAAACGAGGUUCAUGUUUGGCUCUCGGCUCUGUGCACCUCAGCAUUUAACAUAAAAAAACCCACUGUUUCCUAAAGGGUGAGCACUGAACCAGAGAGGUGCUUCAGCACCACAUGUGUAAAUAAAGAUGUUAGAGAGAGUGUGAGUGAGAGAGAGAUUUACAGGCAGGUGUUAUUUUAGCUCAAUGAGGCGUGGCUGAGAAGCAGUUAUUUAGCAUACCUUCAUUCCUGUAGGACUACACCUAAUAACAGAUUGACACUAUUAACCUUUUGUGGUAGCACUCAUACACACACUGAGCUCGUCUCACACACAUCACUGUGAUGAAAACGACAGUACAGGAACCGCAGGAACCUCAUCAGAACCACUGAGGAAGAGGACAGUUCUCCUGGAACACGACCAGAACUUGGAGCAGCUCUCCAAACACACACUGCAGGAUUGCAGCUUCUCUCUUGAUGAAUUUUUGAAAGUGGAUCAUAAACAGAAGCAUUAGCUAUGAAGUGUGUAUCACAGAAAAACUAUCAAGCCUAGACAAGGCUGUGGCACCAUCACGUACCCAACAUGCUAUAAAUGUCACAGUAAACACAAAUCACAAUAAUCUGCAUUUAGACAUUUUGGUGUAGCAUAAAACCAUGUUAGAGUUCUGACUUUAUAAGAGAGUUACAAUAAACACCAUUCAGUGUU